AUGUGUGAAAAUAACGAAAAUACGUGUCAGGAAAUUACAGAAGCUGUUGACAAUGAGCGUCAAGGCUUUAAAUUUUCAUUGGAUUCCUUUCUGAUAAAGCCCCCUUCACCUUCGCCCUCACCUUUAAAUUCGUUACCGUCGACUUCAAAUUUACGAUUCACAUCGCACGGAGACUUGGGAAAACUUUUUGCCCUACAAGGAAAUGGUGUCGCUUUUGAGAAUACUACUAUCGCCUCUGAACAAGUAGAGCAACAACCACUAUUUCGCAAGAUUGCACGUCCCAUACCACCUUCUCUGAAUACCAACCUUACUCAACUAAUAAUGUCACAUAAUAAUGGCAAUUAUAAUAGUAAUUUUGCCGCAUCCCCUUAUCAAUCUGAUAGUCCAGACGACACAUCAGGUCACAGGAGGAGGGAUAGUAAUGUCUCGGCAAUGUCAAUACAAUUGUACGACGUAGUAGGAUCAGGUCAUCAACGACGUGAUAGCAAUGUAUCUAACAUGUCGAUGCAAUUAGACACCCCCACUCCUUCAAGUGGGACGGAAUCUGGUAAUGAAGAAGAAAGUAAAUUAGCCUGCUUCCCCUUUACAUUUACACAAAAAUCAUUAACGAUGUCAAGGCCUAGUACGCCGACGACACCACCACCGCCAUCACAUCCAACAAAUUUCUGUUCUACUCCAGCAACAAGAACAAGUGUGUCAUCAUUAGUUACUCAUCCUCAACGUAUGAGAAGAAUGAGUUUAGAUAUAAGCAUGGAAACGGGUUGUUUGUCGGAGGGGAGAAAUGAGAAACAAUCACCUAUACAUCGCGCUGUCAGAGCGAGGAGAGCUUCGCUCUUGCCAAAAACGAAAUCUUUUCAACGUGUUGCCAAUGAGCUUCAAGAAGAAUCUCGUCCGAUUGAGACGGAAAUAAAACAAGAAUACAAGACGACCAAAGUACUAAAGAAUGAACUUGAUUGCAUAAUGGAUACCGGAAAAUUAACCGAGGAAUUUCUUAAUAACUGGAUCAAAAUCAGGGACAUACAACCUUCUCCACCACCAUAUGCGGCUUCCAAGUUGAAUCCAGAAAUCGAGCUUUCGUUCCGACAAGAUACUCCCUCACCAACAUCUACCGCUGGAUCAUGUCCUAUUAGUAGUCGUAUAAAACGAAAAGCCUCAGACGAUCGGUUUGAACCAUAUUUUAAUCCAAAAAGGCGGGCUGUGUCACCAAGUCUGGUUGGGAGUCCUCCAGUCGCCUCGAGCGUUCCAUCACCACCAGUUUCAUCCUACUCCUCAGGAGCAGUAGGGCCGUCGAGUAGCUACCUAACUUCGAGAGGACAGGUUAAGGGAAAUAGUAAUUUGGCCAAUAUUCAUGAUGCUAACGGAAGUUUUAGUAGAAUGAAUUUGAACGGUGAAUGA